AUGUCCUUCAGAUCGUCGCACCGCAAUCCGAAUCCUCCGCACGCGAUCAAGCCAAGAGCUUCACACCCGACCAGAGUCAACCGCUGGCCGCGCAACGAACCGUCCAGGACGCCGCGGCCCACGCAGGCGUUGAACGCUUCUACCCCAGCGAGUAUGGAAUACCCCCUGCACAUCCUGGGGGACGCGGACGCGCAGGUCGACUUCACGCACAUCGACGACCUCGCCACCUUCCUCGUGGCGACCGUCCAGCACCCCGCGAUCUCCGCAAACCGCACGCUGAAUUUUGUGAGUGACCGCAUCUCGUACAACGAGAUCGCGGCGCUGCUGGAGCGGUUCUCGGGCAGGACGGUGGAGAAGACGGUGUGGCCGCUCGAGGUGAUGCACCGCGUGAAAGGGAAGAGUGUGUUUCCGGAUGAGUUCUGGAUUCUGGUCAGGGGGAUGCAGGGCGCCGGGCGGUUUGUACGGCCGCCGGGCGAGGUGCACAAUGCGCUUUUUCCGGGGGUGGAGGUUAGGACCUUUGAGAGGUAUUCCGGGGAGAUGUUCGAGAGAGAGAGAAAGUAG